UCUCACAUGAACGCAGAGCUUGGUGGAAAAGAGAUAUUACGAAUGGGCUGUCCAUACUUCAGUGGUUGGAAGCAGCGACAGGGCCCUCGUGACGAAAAUGGGGAAGACAGGCCGGACGCCUACGAGAAACAAGCCGGUCAAAACCCUCCUCGUGAUGGCACCGCUUCUGAUGGCAAGGUCACCACAGAGCCACUGUCUCGCGCGAACGUGAGCUUCCGAGAAACGACGGACGUGGCGACCCGCUGCGCACCUUCAGAGAGAAAGAAGUGCGACCCGAAGAAGCCGUACUCGGAGUUCGACGGCAGCUGUAACAACAUCGCGCACCCUGAUUGGGGAGAGAGCUACGCCUGCCUCAGGAGGCUGCUUGAGCCGGCUUACAGAGACGGAGCGGGUCACAUUCGCACGGCUCGCAGCGGCGCUGCGCUGCCUUCGCCCAGGAUUGUCUCGACUACGAUUCACACGGAGAAAGAGACACCCGACCGGCGGCGGUCGCACAUGCUGAUGGCGUUCGGCCAGUUCUUCGCCCACGACGUCUCCCUGACACCCACCAGGCCGCUCAGCCGCCUCGAGUUGAAUCAAGGACUGGACACGACGACGGAUGUACUGCCCAUCGAGAUUCCCGCCGACGACCCUUUCUACGGGCAAUUCAACCACACCCAGAUGCCCUUCCAGCGUUCCCUGUGGUGCACGUGGUGCCGUUCCGGCUACAGGGAGCAGCACAACUCCAGGACGUCUUACAUCGAUGGAUCGCAAAUCUACGGCGUGAACGAAGACGCGGUCCGCGUGCUCCGGGCGCACGAAGAUGGUCUCCUGAGGUCGCAGUCAGUGAACGGCGACACUCUUCUGCCUGCGAGCAUGGAGCCAGCAAUGGACAACUGCAGUCAGCACGGGGACAAUGGCAUGUGCUUCCACGCCGGUGACGUCAGAACGAACCAGAAUGUCGGCCAGGUGACCAUGCACACAAUCUGGAUGCGCGAUCACAACAGGAUCGCCCGGAAGCUGCACGCCGUCAAUCCCCACUGGAACGACGAACGGCUCUUCCAGGUCACGAGGAGGAUUGUGCAGGCCCGCCUGCAGCACCUCGUAUUCGGGGGGUGGGCGCAGACCGUUCUGGGCGAAGGAUUGGCCGACAAGUAUCGGCUCCGCCCGAGGCGCCAAGGCUACACCCGCUACGAUCCCAGCGUGGACGCGACACUGCUCAACGAGUUCGCCGCCGCCGCGCUGCGAUUCGCCCACAUGACUGUCAACAGACGAUUUGAGUUACUGCACCCAAACUGGACAGACGCAGGCCACGAGAAGUUGGCGGGGCGCUUCUUCGCUCCAUUCCCCGUUGAGAAAUCUCUCUGGGACAACCUCGCCAGGGGGCUAAUGCGACAACCAAUGAACGCCUUCAGCAGACACGGCGACCGCGAGCUGACCAGGAGGGCGUUGUCUAGGCCGGCCGAUCUGUUUGGCGUCGACUUGUUUGCCACCGACAUCCAGCGCGGGCGCGACAAUGGCGUCAGGCCUUACGCCGACUACGUGCGACUCUGUCACGGCCUGGAGCUCACCACCUUCGACGACCUUCACCUCAAAGGACUCAUGCCCGAGCACGUAGCCAGACUAUUCGCGAAAAUUUACGAGGACGUUCGAGACGUGGACCUGUUCUCGGCUGCCGUUAGCGAACACCCAUUGCAGGAUGCCAGCAUGGGACCGACCAUGGCGUGCAUCGUCGUGGAUUCUCUGAGCAGGCUCAAGUGGGGCGACCGGUUCUACUACGAGCACGGUGGACAAGCCGGAUCGUUCACCUCUGGUCAGUUACGCACGAUUCGGGAGACAACGCUGGCCAAAAUCGUCUGCGAGAACACCGAAGGGACGGACACCAUUCAGCGCCAUGCCUUCAUUCUUCCCGACACACAGAACAGCAUGGUUCACUGCUCCGACUUACCAGACAUCGAUGUGAACCAGUGGGCCGAAUACAACACCGAAGUCGACCAGUAAGCUAUGUUAACAUUGACAAAAGAAAAAGAAAAUAAAUCAGAAACCCAUGUUUUCCUCUUUUCUACUCCACAGCAGUUGUGCCCUUUCAAACAAUUAAAGAAAUCCCCGCAGGGGCGUCUGCGGUAUGCAGGCGUUUGGUGUGUUGCGA